GGCGGCGGGGGCGUCCGGGCGGUGUGUGCGCGCGUGUUGGGGCGCAGGCUCGGCGGCGGCGGCGGCGGCUCAGCCUGCGGCGGCGGCGGCCCGUCUGGAGCGGCCGCGGCGAGGAAGCCAGCUGCAGCGGGGGAGGCGCAGCCGGGACUGCGCGCUCCGCGGAGCCGGCGGGCACCGGGAACAGGUGAUCCCAGCGGGAACCCGGAGCCCUACCGAGAGUUGGCGGGGCGGGAGCCCGCACUCCCGCCCCUCCCACCCUGUCCCCAGCGCAGCUGCAGCCGCCCCCGCCGCGGCUGGUCGCGAACUGCGCUGCGCUCUGGACCUGGCUCAGGCAUCCCUCCGCUCCCGAGGUCCCGUCUGAAGGCCCCCCACCCUGCCCCGCCUGGCUCAGAAGUGCCUGACCACCACCACCCCCAGCUCCCCGGCGCCCGACCGGCGAAGCAAAGUUGUGGACGUGUCCCGAUAGCCAAAGCCCCGGCGCUGUCGCGACCCGGCCGCUCCAGCGCGCUCUCUGAGCGCCGCUGACAGCCCGGCCGCGUAGUCCCCCCGCCACCGGGAGUCGACCCCUUCUGGAAACUGCUCCUGAGGCUAAAACUUUGGACCGGGGUGGUUGGGGGUUGCUGAGGGCGGCUCGGCUCGGGGACGAGGCCUGCGGGGGCCCCUCCGCGCGGACAAGCCUGGGCGCCGCGGACGGCAUGUGACGGGCUCCGGUGGCGGCCGCAGCGCGGGAAGGGGCGCGGGCCCCGCGGGCUCCGGCCGCGGCGAGGAGGGGCGGCGCGGCGGUCGGAGGGAAGGCUGCGGCCCGCGGUCGACCCUCGCGGGCCCGGGCCCCGAGCCUUCCUGCCUCGCUCGCCCGGGCCCCGCCGAGGCCGCCGCCGCCGCCGCUCCCCCUGUCCUGGCGCGGGAGGACUCUCUCUAAACUCUCUGAACUUCGGGAACAAGCCCCCCAAAGGGCGAAACUCUCAGGGACCCCCACCCCGGGCGGCGCGCCCUCGACGACCUCCCUUCGCCGAGCCCCGCUGCUGACAAGUGCCUGGACUCCAAGGACCUCAGGAGCUCGGCCGGAGCUGAGCGUGCCCCAGCCCCGUGCCCGGUCACGAUGCUCGUGAGGAAAGUGCCCGGCUUCGUCCCGGCCUCCCCGUGGGGGCUGCGGCUGCCGCAGAAGUUCGUCUUCCUCCUCUUCCUCUCCGGCCUGGUCACCCUGUGCUUCGGGGCCCUGUUCCUGCUGCCCAAUUCGUCUCGCCUCAAGCGCCUCUUCCUGGCCCCUCGGACCCAGCAGCCCAGCCUGGAGGCAGUGGCCCAAGUCGCCAGCCACCCGCGGGCCCGCGGACAGGAGUCACCUCCCAACCCGGCCCCCGCGGCUCCAGCCCCGGGCGAGGAUGACCCCGGCAGCCAAGCCAGUUCCCGGCGUAGGAAAGGCUGGCUGCGCCGCACGCACCCCACCGGACCCCGGGAGGAGGCCACGGCGGCCCGGGGCGGCGGCGCCACGGCCCUCAGACCCCAGGAGGGGAGCGUCCCCUCUAGCUUUGACUUCAAGGCGUUCCGGAGCCGCCUCCGCCACCCGGUCCUGGGGACUAGGGCCGACAGGAGUAAGGAGCCCCAGAGCCUAGUUCAGACCCAGCGGGAGAAAAUCAAGGAGAUGAUGCAGUUCGCCUGGCAGAGCUACAAGCGCUACGCGAUGGGGAAAAACGAGCUCCGGCCCCUCACCAGAGACGGCUACGAGGGCAACAUGUUCGGAGGCCUCAGCGGGGCCACGGUCAUCGACUCCCUCGACACUCUCUACCUCAUGGAGCUGAAGGAGGAGUUCCAGGAGGCCAAGGCCUGGGUCGAAGAGAGCUUCCACCUGAACGUGAGUGGAGAAGCGUCUUUGUUCGAAGUGAACAUCCGGUACAUUGGAGGACUCCUCUCAGCCUUCUACCUGACGGGAGAGGAGGUGUUCCGGAUAAAGGCCAUCAAGCUGGGAGAGAAACUCCUGCCGGCCUUCGACACCCCCACGGGAAUCCCAAAAGGCGUGGUGAACUUCAAAAGCGGCUCCAACAGGAGCUGGGGCUGGGCCAUGGCAGGGAGCAGCAGCAUCCUGGCGGAGUUUGGAUCCCUGCACUUGGAGUUCUUACACCUCACCCAGCUCUCUGGCAACCAGGUCUUCGCAGAAAAGGUCAGGAACAUCCGAAAGGUCCUUCGGGAAAUUGACAAGCCCUUCGGCCUCUACCCCAACUUCCUCAGCCCGGUGAGCGGGAACUGGAUGCAACACCACGUCUCGGUUGGAGGACUCGGGGACAGUUUUUAUGAAUAUUUGAUCAAGUCCUGGCUGAUGUCGGCCAAAACAGAUAUGGAAGCUAAAGAUAUGUACUACGAAGCCUUGGAGGCGAUAGAGACCCACUUGGUGAAUGUCUCUCCCGGGGGGCUGACCUACAUCGCCGAGUGGCGAGGGGGGAUCCUGGACCACAAGAUGGGGCACCUGGCCUGUUUCUCCGGGGGCAUGAUCGCCCUCGGCGCUGAGGAUGCCAAGGAAGAAAAGAGGGCCCACUACCGAGAGCUCGCAGCCCAGAUCACCAAGACGUGCCACGAGUCGUACGCGCGCUCAGAUACCAAACUGGGGCCCGAGGCCUUCUGGUUUAACUCGGGCAGAGAGGCCGUGGCCACGCAGACGAGCGAGAGCUACUACAUCCUACGGCCAGAGGUGGUGGAGAGCUACAUGUAUCUGUGGCGGCAGACCCAUGACCCCAUCUACAGGGAAUGGGGCUGGGAAGUGGUGAUGGCCUUGGAGAAAUACUGUCGGACGGAAGCUGGGUUCUCUGGGAUCCAGGACGUGUACAGUAAGGUUCCCAACCAUGACAACAAGCAGCAGACAUUCUUUCUGGCUGAGACUCUAAAGUAUCUCUAUCUUCUGUUCUCUGAAGAUGACAUGCUCUCCCUGGAAGACUGGGUGUUCAACACGGAGGCCCACCCACUCCCCGUGAACCACUCGGACAGCUCCGGCCGGGGCGGGGGCUGACGCCCACCCGGAUCCCUGCCGCUCCCGGGUCACCUCUUCUGGAUUUGGGGGUUGUUCUCAAACGGAUUGGGAACGUGGGCCCCUGCCCGGCAGACCCAGCCGACGUGUUGGACGAGCAACUUCUUUUCCUCUGUGAGGAGACAGGAUUUGGAGACGCGGAGAUGUCACACCAGGCCCAGACAUUCCUUUCCACAGAGAAUUUCUGUGAAGCCUGCUCUCUCGCCAUUCCAGGGCCAAAGCACCGGAGGUUUGCGUUGCACCCUCAUGGAUUUGAUUCACUUCCUUUUGUUUUGGCGGUUUAUUGGGUUUUGCUUGAUUUUGCCUUUUCUCUACAGUUGUGUUUUAUCACAGAUUAUAAAUAUAGUUUUCAAAAUCAUGUGCUUUCAAAAAUGCUGUCAUCCUGAUAAACUAAACCUUAAAGUGUUUGCACUCACACACACAAACAUAUAAACUCUUGACCCCAUUUUCUAUAUUUUGAAUUCCUUUUGCCCAACAUUUACCAUAUGUUCAAUUAUGUGUCAUUUACCUUAUAAUUUGAGGAAGCAUUCCCCUUUGAUUUGGGCCAGUUAUGAAUCACUAGUGCUGUUUUCAUUACUGUAAUGGAAAAAUCUGUAAAGUUACAAUAAAAGAGUUUAUUGAAUAAGAAA